CUGUUGGAGAGUGAGCACACUCCUCGCUCGCCACCACCAACAGAAUUGAAGUCUAGCGCAGUCAUACGUUCUGCUGUGAACACUUCUGGUAUACAGAAAUACAAACUUCUAAGUUUAAAUUCGCUAGUAAAUGCUGCACAAAAUAUAUUCGAAACAAUAUAUUAAACUUUAAUAUAUUCGUUUAAAACUUUUAUCAAUAAAUGAAAGUUUUACAACUGUUCAACUUUUCGUCACGAGCUGGCAGUAAUAUGACAUGACUUGAUCGAGUUCCUGAUGAUAUUAGAAAUAUAGUUUCAUUUCCAGAACAGAAUUCGGAAGAUAAUACUUGACUAUUUACGUAACGUUGAGGAUAUCCGCAAAGAAAUUUUGCCAGAAGAAAAGGCGAGAAUAACUCAAUGACACUCGGGCAUCUUUCCCAAGAGCAUUAAUCUCUCGGACCUUGACGUACAAAAGCAUCUCCAAGCAUUUUCAAAUGGAAAUAACAGUCUGAGGGAAAACAGAAGAUGGCAAAAAGCAACGCAUUGAUGGGGUCUUCGUCGCCCGUGACGUUCACGACGACCAUUCUUCUUCUUCGGUCUUUGUUAGUGAGUGGACAAGGGGUCGUCCUGACUAGCGUUGAAGUACCAGAACAUGUGAGCAGAGGUCAAGACGUGGAGCUGAAGUGUUUGUGGAAUCUCACUUCUCACAAGCUGUAUUCAGUCAAAUGGUACAGAGACGGAAGGGAGUUCUUCAGGUUUAUGCCCUCCGAGUCUCCUGCCAAGGCAGUUUAUGACCAACCAGGGAUCCACGUCAACAAAGAAAUGUCAACGGGGGAGACGGUCAUCCUCCGGAAUGUUGACCUAAGCUCCGGAGGUCGGUACAAGUGCGAGGUCAUCUCCGAUGGGGAGUUCCACACGGCUGAUAAGAGCGGCAUCAUGAUGGUUGUGGAAGUGCCAGAGGAAAAUCCCACUAUACACGGGACGAAGCACAAGUACCACAUCGGAGACAAUGCCCGCCUCACCUGCGUGUCUGCGAAUUCCACCCCACCGGCUCAGCUCACCUGGUACAUCAAUGAUCGUAAGGUACCACCGGAGUAUCUGGUGCAGGCCCCCAGCGUAAAAUAUCCCAACGGACUAAUGCAGACGCGCCUCGGCCUCUCCUUCGUCAUCACUCGAAAUCAUUUCCAGAACGGAGAAAUGACGCUCCGGUGCUCGGCCAGGGUCUCCUCCAUCUACCACAAGACUCAACAACACAGCAUCGACGGACACCUCACCUACAACGUUCCAGUCAUGGAAUCCAGAGAUCUGGCAGCCUAUUCCGGUUCUGCCAGAUCCUGCACUCCCCCGAUACUUGCCACUGCGCUAGUGUUCGCCGCCAUGUUGGUGAAAAUGGUGGUUGGUGGGGCACUGAAGCGCUACCCAAGCUGAUUCAAACAGCUCGCCAACAUCACCAUCAUCAUCAUCAUCAUCAUCAUCAUCAUCACCAUCACUACCAUCGCCAUAACAAGUCCCAUGAGUCGCCAUUCAUGAGAAAUCUCAUCCUCCACGACCUCAUUACAAUUAGAGAAUUAGGAGUUUCAUCGUAAUUCAUGUACAUUGAUGUCAUGAAAGUCCUUCAAAGUUUCAUCCGUUGUAGCCCCAGGAAUACUCUCUCUCCCAUUCGUAUUUCAAGUGUAUACUGUACAUGGCAUUAGCAUAAUGGAAAGAGUAGUUGAUUAAGAUAGUUCUCAGAUAUUCUAAUCGAAGGUGUCUUGGUGUUUGUGUUCAUGACCUGUAAGCCAAUAUACAUGUAGUUGGUGUCAUUCAAAAACACAUUUGCAUUCUUGCUUUUCAUGUAGAUGUCACAUGUACAGCCUUUGGGAAAUACAUUGUAAGAUAUAUAUUGUAUAUAACUGCGCACACACACACAUACACACAUCUAAAUAGUUUCAGCUUCAUUUCAGUUGUAUGAAUGUGAGCGUGACGAAGAGUUAAUUUACA